GCUUCCGGAGCGCGGCUGGAGGGCAAACUCCCCUAGAAUUUCUCCAGGAAACCGUUGGGUGGGGCCAGGAGAGCGUUGGGUGGGGCCAGGAAACCGUCUGGUGGGAUCUCCGCAGCUGCUUUUCACCUGCUGUUCCUCCUGCGCUUCCUAAGAGGAAGAAUCAAUGCCGUGGGUGGAGCCCAAGCCCGGGCCGGGGCCGGAGCAGAAGCCCAAGCUCACCAAACGGGACUCUGCCACCGGGCCGCAGUGGUACCAGGAAUCUCAGGAAUCGGAGUCGGAAGGCAAGCAGCCACCCCCGGGACCCCUGGCACCCCCGAAACCCCCCGAACCCUCAGGACCCCCGGCGUCGGAGCAGGACGAUGCACCCCUGCCAGAGGGGGACGAUGCACCCCCCCGGCCGUCGAUGCUGGACGAUGCACCCCGCCUGCCGCUGGAGCUGGACGAUGCACCCCUGCCGGAGGAGGAAACCCCCGAACCCACGGCCAUCUGCAGGCACCGGCACCGCUGUCACACCGACUGCCUAGAGGGGCUGCUGUCCCGCGCCUUCCAGUGGCUGGGGUGGCAGGUGGGCGCGCACCCCUGGAUCUUCCUGCUGGCGCCCUUGAUGCUGACAGCCGCGCUGGGCACCGGCUUCCUGUACCUACCCAAGGACAAAGAGGAAGACCUAGAGGAGCAUUACACCCCUGUGGGGAGCCCGGCCAAGGCGGAGCGGCGCUUCGUGCAGGGCCAUUUCACCACCAACGACUCCUACCGCUUCUCCGCCUCCAGGAGGAGCACCGAAGCCAAUUUCGUCUCGCUUCUGGUGGUCUCCUACAGCGACUCACUGCUGGACCCGGCUACCUUUGCAGAAGUCAGCAAACUGGACGGCGCGGUGCAGGAUCUGCAUGUGGCGCGGGAAAAGGGAAGCCAGAUCGAGUACCAGCAGGUGUGCGCGAGGUACAGGGCGCUCUGCGUGCCCCCCAACCCGAUCCUGUAUGCCUGGCAGGUGAACAAAACGCUCAACCUGAGCAGCAUCUCCUUCCCCGCCUACAACCACGGCGGGCAUCCCCUCUACCUGACCGGCUUCUUCGGAGGAUACAUCUUGGGGGGCAGCCUAGGAAUGGGCCAGUUACUCCUGCGGGCCAAAGCCAUGCGGCUGCUGUACUACCUGAAGACCGAGGACCCUGAGUACGACGUGCAGAGCAAGCAAUGGCUCACCCAUUUGCUCGACCAAUUUACCAACAUUAAGAACAUCUUGGCCUUGAAAAAAAUUGAGGUAGUCCACUUUACAUCGCUUUCCAGACAACUGGAAUUUGAGGCAACUUCUGUGACUGUGAUCCCUGUGUUUCACCUGGCAUACAUUCUCAUCAUUCUGUUUGCAGUCACAUCAUGCUUUAGGUUUGACUGCAUACGAAACAAAAUGUGUGUUGCGGCCUUUGGAGUGAUUUCUGCUUUCUUGGCAGUGGUGAGCGGCUUUGGCCUGCUGUUGCACAUUGGGGUGCCAUUUGUCAUCAUAGUUGCCAAUUCACCAUUUCUUAUUCUAGGUGUUGGGGUCGAUGACAUGUUUAUCAUGAUUUCUGCCUGGCAUAAGACCAACCUUGCAGAUGACAUACGAGAGCGGAUGUCCAAUGUCUAUUCAAAAGCGGCAGUGUCUAUUACAAUCACCACCAUCACUAACAUCCUGGCCUUAUAUACAGGGAUUAUGAGCUCUUUUAGGUCCGUACGAUGUUUUUGCAUCUAUACAGGAACGACCCUGUUAUUUUGCUAUUUUUAUAACAUCACGUGUUUUGGAGCAUUUAUGGCCUUGGAUGGUAAAAGAGAAGUAGUCUGCCUAUGCUGGUUGAAAAAGGCUGACCCAAAAUGGUCCUCAUUUAAAAAGUUCUGCUGCUUCCCAUUUGGUUCUGUCCCAGAUGAACAUGGAACUGAUAUCCAUCCAAUGAGUUUGUUUUUUAGAGACUAUUUUGGCCCCUUUCUCACAAGGAGUGAGUCCAAGUAUUUUGUAGUCUUUAUAUAUGUUUUGUACAUCAUAAGCAGUAUAUAUGGGUGUUUCCAUGUGCAGGAAGGUUUAGACCUUCGAAAUCUGGCAAGUGACGAUUCUUACAUCACACCAUAUUUUAACGUAGAGGAGAAUUAUUUUUCAGAUUAUGGUCCCAGGGUUAUGGUUAUUGUUACUAAAAAAGUUGACUACUGGGAUAAAGAUGUUAGGCAAAAACUGGAAAACUGUAUUAAAAUUUUUGAAAAAAAUGUCUAUGUAGAUAAAAACCUUACAGAGUUUUGGUUAGAUGCAUAUGUGCAAUAUUUAAAAGGUAACAGCCAAGAUCCUAAUGAGAAGAAUACUUUUAUGAACAAUAUUCCUGAUUUUUUAAGCAAUUUUCCAAAUUUUCAGCAUGAUAUUAAUAUUUCAUCAUCAAAUGAAAUCAUUUCUUCCCGGGGCUUCAUUCAGACAACAGAUGUUUCUUCCUCAGCCAAAAAGAAAAUAUUGUUAUUCCAAUUACGACGCAUAGCUGAAGACUGUCAAAUUCCCCUAAUGGUGUAUAACCAGGCAUUUAUAUAUUUUGAUCAGUAUGCUGCAAUAUUAGAAGACACUGUUAGAAAUGUAUUGGUUGCAUCAGCAGCUAUGUUCAUUGUUUCCUUAUUGUUAAUCCCUUAUCCAUUGUGUUCCUUGUGGGUGACUUUUGCUAUUGGUUCUGUGAUUGUAGGGGUAACGGGUUUCAUGGCAUUCUGGAAAGUCAAUCUUGAUUCCAUAUCCAUGAUUAAUCUUGUCAUUUGUAUAGGAUUUUCUUUCGAUUUUUCUGCACACAUUUCCUAUGCAUUUGUUUCUAGUUCUCAGCCCUCAGUAAACCAAAAAUCAAUUGAGGCAUUGUAUCUUCUAGGCUACCCAGUGUUACAAAGUGCAAUUUCAACAAUAAUAGGGGUGUGUGUUUUAGCUGCAGCGAAAGCAUACAUCUUCAGAACAUUUUUUAAGAUUAUGUUUCUCGUUAUGAUAUUUGGGGCAGCUCAUGGCCUAAUUUUUAUUCCAGUAUUCUUAACCUUUUUUGGAAGGUUUAUUUGAAUAUCCACUAACAAGUCAAAGACCAAUUCUAGAAUUCCUGAUUGCCCCAAUCCAAUCUGAUUUUUUUAAAUGCACUAUUAAGAAUAGUCAACAAACUACUGGGAGGCCAAGGUGGGUGGAUCACCUGAGGUCAAGAGUUCGAGACCAGCCUGGCCAACAUGGUGAAACCUCGUCACUACUGAAAAUACAAAAAUUAUCCAGGCAUGGUGGCGUGCACCUAUAAUCCCAGCUACCUGGGAGGCUGAGGCAGGAGAAUCGCUUGAACCUGGGAGAUGGAGGUUGCAGUGAGCUGGAGUGCGCCAGGCACUCCAGCCUGGGUGACAAGAAUGAGACUCCGUCUCAGAAAAAAAAAAAAAAAAAAAGUCAACAAACCAAAAACAAGGGCAUGUUUCCUUGACUUGGAAAUCCCAUUUUAAAUUAUUAUUUAAAAUAUACUGAUAAAAAUUAAUUAGUCUUAUGUUAAAAUAUCUUCACUAAAUUAGGAAGGGUUAUCUUUCUUACAGUCUUCACAAUCAAGUACAAGGUACAACUUUUCUGCUAUUUUUUCCCUUUAUAUUUAUGCCUGAAAUUCAACUAUUGUAUGCAUUGUUCAUACUAUAAAUGGAAUAUUAUUCUCAUUGCACUUGCUACAUGCAUUCAUAUGUGAAAAUGCAUCUUAUCAUUUAUUUUCCCAUUCAGGGGCUUUUCUAUGCAUUUUGUUAAUGGUAUAUUUUGAUAAGAAGUUUUUAAAGUUUAUAAAUCCAAUUUAUCAUAUUUUUUUCAUGGUUAGUGCCUUCUUAUCCUAAGAAAUAUUUUGACUACUCCAAGGUUACAAUUAAAGUCAUCUCUGUUUUCUCUUCUAAGCUAAUAGUUUUGAUCUUACAUUUAGGCCUGUGAUCCAUGUGCAUGUAUUUGUUGGGCAGUAUGAAUAGAAGUCCAUUCCCUUUUCAUAAAAGCUGCCCAUUUGUCUCAGCAUCAUUUGUGAAAAGACUGUCAUUCAGGAUAGGAUUAACUUGGCAUCUAUAUAAAAAAAAAUCAGUUGACAAUUU